UAACUUCCACUAAUUUAAGUGUUUGUAUACAAAUUAGUUACUUUUAACCUUCAAUAUUAUAGUAAUGUAGAACUGAUUCCCAUGUAUAAUUUUUUAUGGAUUUUUUUUUUCAUGUACUGUUCCUUUCACUGCACUUUCCUGUUGUGUAAUUUUCAUUGGCUUAUAAUUAACUGCUCAUUUCUUCAUGUGUGUCUGGUGUUGAUGCAGGUGGAGUGUUUGUGAUAGAGGAAGAUUCAGUCACUCUACACACUGGUGUUGAAAUGAACCAAGAAGACAGAAUUAGAUGGUAUUUUAAUGACACUCUCAUCGCUCAAAUCAAUGGAAAAAGUGAAACAUGUACAGAUGUUCAGUGUAAUGAAGGAACUGAGAGAUUCAGAGGCAGACUGAAGCUGGACAAUCAGACUGGAUCUCUGACCAUCAUGAACAUCACAAACACACACACUGGAGAUUAUGAUCUGAAGAUCAUCAGCAGUGGCAUCAGCGACAGUGAACAGAUCUUCAGUGUUAUUGUCAUUGGUGUUUCUGCUGCUGAACGAAAUAAAAUGAAGAGAAAGUCUGUGGAGGAGGGAGAAUCUGUCACUUUUGAUCCUGGUGUAGGAAGAAAAUCAAAAGCUAUGAUGUGGUAUUUUAAAGACACUCUCAUUGCUAAAAUAAUUGGAGAUCAGAGUCAGAUCUGUACAGAUGUUCAGUGUGAUGAGAGAUUCAGAGACAGACUGAAGCUGGAUCAUCAGACUGGAUCUCUGACCAUCACAAACACCAGAAACACAGACUCUGGAGAUUAUGAACUGAAGAUCAACAGCAGCAGAUUCAGCAUCAUUAGGAGCUUCAGUGUUUCUGUCACUGCUGUUCCAGGUUCAGGUCUGUCUCCAGGUGCUUUAAUAGGAAUAGUUGUUGCUGUUCUGCUGCUCGCUGCUGUUAGUUUGAUUUACUGUCACCACUGGAGAUCUAGAAAAAGAGGAGUAUGGUCUCCCACAAGAAGUGGCCCUUAAUCAGACUUGGACUCCACAGAUGAAGCUAAUGAGAUAUCCCUAAUCAGACAAUGGCUGCAUUUACCCUGCAAGUCUUAAUGCACAGAUCCGAUCUUUUGACCACAUCCGAUUUUUUUGGCCAGCGUGUUUACAUUCACUUUAGACGCGACUGGUAUCCGAUAUCUGUGUUUACAUUAAUUCCUGCCCAAAAUGAUUGUCAUUGAUAGCUUUACAUGCACAUGGUAGUUCCUCGGGUUUUGAAUGGCCGUGCUAUUAAAAUUAUUUAUAUAUUUCACAUAGGGUGGCCAUGAUUACCUGCCAGAAUUGAUCAGUUAACAGCUGUCAGUGUCAUGGAUGUUUUGCUGCGCAAUAAUAAAAUGUUUAGUGUGAGUGCAUACAGACACGUCUGCUUAAUAAUAGAACGCUAAAGCUUCCUUUUAGUAAGCAAACGUGUCGCCCUCGCCUUGUGAUGGCUUGUAUUUCCAAUGGGAAUCGGAUAUGCGUGUUUAGACAUAGGUCACAUGUCUAGAGAUCGGAUAUGUAUCUGAUUUAAAACCACAUUCGGAAGUGGCUCAGAUCGGAUGUGAAAAAAAAUCGAAUCUCGUGUGGAUUUUUGUUUUUACACGUGUGCAACUAAUUCCUAUCUGUGUCAGAUGUGAGCAAAAGAUCGGAUUUUUAUGUGCCAGUGUAAACGCAGCCAGAGUCCCUGCAGAUGGUUGUCGCUGAUGGUUUGUCCUUGUUCAGCUUUUGAGAUGUUGAUGAAGUUCUUUAUGUGAAGUUCUUGUCAUGUGAGGAGUGAUGGAGACCUGCGGGGAGUUCAAGAAUAUUAUCACUGUGUGAUGGAAAUGAUCAUCUGCACUUGAACAGGAAAAGUUAAUUAGAGCUGUUUCCUGCACUAACUGAUUACACCAUCCACCAUCACCCAAUCACAACGCACCCCGUCACUUGAACACUAAUCACGCACACCUGCACGUCAUCAGCACACUCAUUACCGGCAGUAUAAAGGACUCUCAUUCAGACACGCUCAUUGUCCGGUCUCGUUAGUGGCUUACCUGAAUGCUUACCUCAAGGACUUUGUUGGAUUACUUGCCUGUCUCCUGUUCUCCUCCUGUAUACCUCGUCAUUGUGUGUGAAGUCCAGCUCAAUCGUUUGUGUCUGGAAACCAGCAUUCUGCCUCCAUAUCAUCAUCUAAAAAAAAAAGGACAGUAUUACCAUUCCAUUUAUCUACAUUCACCUGAAGAUUUGCCAUUCACUCACCUGCAUAACUGUUGUUCAUCUGGUUGUGAAAAUAAAAACCUUACUUUUAUA